AUGACGAACAACCCCAAGUUGGACAAUUAUGUCCUCAUGCCUCUCACCACGUACUGGGUAGCUUCUGUUGAGAACCACCGGGUUAUCCUCCAGAAACCCAGGCUAGGCCCUAGUUUGCCUGAAGGUGGACACCACAUAACGAUCGGAUGGAAGGAGAUCAGGGCUGCGCUGAAGACAUACAAGCAUCUUCCCUACAGCUUUGUGUAUCUGUUCUCCUUCCUCCUCACAGAUGUACUGUUUAGUUGUCUGCCUCUCGAGCCGCACCUGGCAUCUUCUCGGACAGGGGCUGAAUACCACUGGAACUCUCGUUACCAUUUGCCAGAACAGCAAGUUCAGUUUCUCGCUCCUGCAAGAUAUCCCCUUGGGCUUGUCACAGGCGACUACCUCGACUAUGAGUGCCGCUGA